UGACAGACACCGGCGGAGCUCCAAGGCGACAGUGUCAAUACAAAAAAAAACGCUAAUUAGCUAAAAAUAAUAAUAUAUAACCGGUUAAUUUUUCUCCAGUUUAAUUUUUAUUAUUCCUGGAAAGGAUAUCCGCUUUAGAAAUGUUUUUCCCAAACGAAAUGGAUAUUCUUUAGUCGAGGGUGACUCAGGUUGUUCAUAACACCCGACCACUGGGACCCGUCUGGCAGCCCGCUCUGUUCACCUCUUUGGCUGGUGUGGUACAUGUGUUUUUCAUGAAGAGAGCAGAGAGACCCGAAGGAUACCGGCAAAUGCGGCCCAAGACGUUCCCGGCGAGCAAUUACAGUGGCAACAGUCAGCAGAUGAUGUUGCACGAGAUCCGGGAGAGCCUGCGCAACAUCUCGCUGUCCCGACCCUCGGAUGCUGUCAAGGUGGAGACCCAAGGGCAGCAAGGGCGCAGCAGCAACCACAAGAACCCCUACCACAAAGCUCUACAGGAGAUCCGGGAGUCACUCUUGCCCUUCGCCAACGAACCCACCCCUGCCGGUCAUGCCCCUGAGGUCAACGUUCAGAUGCUGCAGGAGCUGCUGGCUGCAGGGUUUGAAGAGGAGAUGGUGAUCUGGGCUCUGAAGCAGACCAACAGUCGCAGCUUGGGGGCAGCUGUGGAGUACAUCAGUAAGAUGAGCUACCAGGACCCGGGGCGAGACCAGAUGGGAGCUGCAGUCGCACGCACUACUAAUACAGCUAUCAAAGCUGGUGAUCGAACUGGCCCCUCGCACAUUCAGCAGCCAGUUCUGCGGCGGCCAAGCUGGAAGGGCUCCAAGGAGUCUUUGGCCCCUCAGCGGCACAGCGGUCUAUACCGCUCAAACAGCCCGAGUCCUCAGCCUGACCUGCCUCGACCGUCGACUUUUCCGCAGGGUCAUGCAGCUGGGGUUGGUGGUCAGCGAGUGAAUCCUCCACCUUCCUCAUGGGAUUCAAACCCUGCCACCAAACGCUACUCCGGGAACCUGGAGUACCUCGCAUCCCGCAUCUCGCCCAUCCCGCAGGGCCCGUGGGCCGACAGCUACUCGAACUCUCCUGCUCAGGCGCAGCGGGGUAUCAGCCCAGUGCCCAUGGUGCGCCAGCCCAUUAUAAUGCAGGGAUCUGGGGGAAAUAAGUUCAACUACCCACCCUCCUGGCCCCAGAACGGCUCUGCGCAGGUGGACUAUGGACAUGGCAUGGGCAUGGUAGGAAGCGGCAGGCAGCCUCCACCUCCCCCUCCUUACCCUCUAGGCCAGGCGGGCGGACACAGUCCCACAGCGCAGCAGAUGCAGGCGCCUAACCGCAACAGUCACAACCAGGAGCUGUAUAACCUGGGUGUCCUGGCCCAGCCCAGACCUGCAGCACCCCAGCCGCCUCCUCCUUCCCCUGGAAAUGGCAACAAUCAAGAUAUUCCUCCUCCAUCUUGGCCGCACAACAUGCCAGCACGCUCUAACUCAUUUGCUAACGCUGCGUCAGGUACGCGUCAGUGUUCAGCGGCAGCCAGCUCGCAGCCUUCUGCCACCACUGUCACGGCCAUCACGCAGGCGCCCGUCCUACAGCCGGUCAAGAGCACGCGCGUUCCCAAGCCUGAGCUGCACACGGCUGUGGCGCCGACGCACCCACCUUGGCUUCAGCAGCAGCAGCAACAGCCGCCGCCGCCCUCUCCGUAUCAGGAAUCCUCCGUGCCUGCGCCGGCGGUGUCCCAGAUGCCAGUUUCAGAAGUACCCAGCUACCAGGGUCCCCCGCCUCCAUACCCCAAGCAUCUCCUGCAGCCACCCGCUCCGUGCCCGGCAUACGCCAAGGAGGAAGAGGGUGCCGAAGAUGACGUGGACAAUGCCAGCACUUGCUCCAGUGAGCGAGCAGACGGCUCCGAGACGAUCACAGGCAGCACGGAGCGGGAGAAGAAGCAGAUCACCACUUCUCCAGUGCCCGUGCGGAAGAACAAACGGGACGAGGAGCGGCGCGGGGAGGGGAGGGUGCAGCUUUACUCGCCGCAGGCCUUCAAGUUUUACAUGGAGCAGCACGUGGAGAACAUUCUGAAGAACCACCAGCAAAGACUGCGUCGCAAGAAGCAACUGGAGAGCGAGAUGCAGCGGGUCGGUUUGUCCGAGGAUGCCCAAGAGCAGAUGCGCAUGAUGCUUUCCCAGAAAGAAUCCAACUACAUCAGACUGAAGCGUGCCAAAAUGGACAAAUCCAUGUUUGAAAAGAUCAAGACGCUGGGCGUGGGAGCAUUCGGCGAGGUGUGCCUGGCACGCAAGGUGGACACGGGCGCGCUCUACGCCAUGAAGACGCUGCGCAAAAAGGACGUGCUCCUCAGGAACCAGGUGGCGCACGUCAAGGCCGAGCGGGACAUCUUGGCCGAGGCGGACAACGAGUGGGUGGUGCGGCUUUAUUACUCCUUCCAGGACAAGGACAACCUGUACUUCGUCAUGGACUACAUCCCUGGCGGCGAUAUGAUGAGCCUGCUGAUUCGCCUGGGCGUGUUCAGCGAGGAGCUGACGCGCUUCUACAUCGCCGAGCUGGUGUGCGCCGUCGAGAGCGUGCACAAGAUGGGCUUCAUCCACCGGGACAUCAAGCCAGACAACAUCCUGAUCGACCAAGACGGCCAUAUCAAGCUCACAGAUUUUGGCUUGUGCACCGGUUUUCGCUGGACCCACGACUCCAAGUACUACCAGAGCGGUGAUCACGUGAGGCAGGACAGUAUGGAUUUCAGUAAGGAGUGGGAGGACCCGUCGAACUGCCGCUGUGGCGAUCGGCUCAAACCACUGGAGAGGCGGGCAGCGCGACAACACCAGCGCUGCUUGGCGCACUCGUUAGUUGGCACGCCAAACUACAUCGCCCCCGAGGUGCUCCUGCGCACAGGCUACACGCAGCUGUGCGACUGGUGGAGCGUGGGCGUCAUCCUCUACGAGAUGUUGGUCGGCCAGCCUCCUUUCUUGGCUACGACGCCUCUGGAGACUCAGAUGAAGGUGAUAAACUGGCAGACGGCAUUGCACAUCCCGCCUCAGGCCAAGCUGAGCGCCGAGGCGUCUGAUCUGAUCGUAAAGCUGUGCCGAGGGCCCGAGGACCGGCUGGGGAAGAACGGUGCAGACGAGAUCAAAGCGCACGCCUUUUUCAGGAGCGUCGACUUCAGCGUGGACAUGCGGCAGCAGCCUCAUCCGCCGCCCCACGUGCCCAAGAUCGCCCACUGUACAGACACGUCCAACUUCGACCCCGUGGACCCAGAUAAGCUCUGGAGCGACGACGGCAACCACAACGACACGCUGAGCGCCUGGUUCAGGAACGGCAAGCACCCAGAGCACGCCUUCUACGAGUUCACCUUCCGCCGCUUCUUCGACGAUAACGGCCACCCGUACAGCUGCCCCAAACCGAUCGAAUACGAGGACUACGGGGAGGAAAAAGGGGAGGAGCUUCAGAGCCAAGCGCAUGGACAAGGGCGGGGCCUCAUUUAUGUUUAACAUUUCCAUUCACACUACAUGGAAAAGCAACACUACUAUAUAUAAAGCAGGGAUGGGACCUGUGUGUGUGUGUGUGUGUGUGUGUCCCUGAUCAUGUACAGAAUUUUCAGCAGAAUAUAUUGUCUGGAUUGUGUGCGCGCGCGCGUGUGUGUUGAGGUACGAUUUUUCGAGGCUGCGGUUGUGUAUAAUUUAUUCCAUGUUCACAUCGCACUUUGAUCAGUGCUGUUCGAACAACCGAGGAUUUAAAUGAAACGCGUCUUUUCGACACCGUUUAAAGCCUUAAUUUAUUGAAACCCUUGUAAAAAAAAAAAAAAACGAACGAGGACUCUAGCGGAAAAGACUAGCUCAAUUAUGCAUCCUUCACCAAUGUCAUGUUAAUUUAUGAUUGAGUAGAUGUCUUUCUCACGCUGAUCUGGCCUCACGUGGGCUAUCCAGGGAUUGGUGGAAUCAUUAACGCUUUUUUUGUUGCUGUGCCUUUUUUAUUUUACACUCUUUCACCAAAAACCUGAGGGGAAGUAGCGUAUUAGCCAGUCAACUGAACUGACACUAGAUUAUUCAUAGAGUAUUGUGUGAAUUGUAUUAUUAGCCUUUUGUGUAUUUUCUAAUUUAUACGCUCAAAUGUAUUUAUAAAUUAUGUAGUGUACAUUUUUGUACCCUUUUUUUUUUUUUUCCAGUUGUGUUGGUGUAGGAAAUAAAUCCAAGGGCGAGCUCCCUUCCUCUCA